UCUUCUUCUUCUUCUUCUUCUUCUUCUUCUUCUUCUUCUUCUUCUUCUUCUUCUUCUUCUUCUUCUUCUUCUUCUUCUUCUUCUUCUUCUUCUUCUUCUUCUUCUUCUUCUUCUUCUUCUUCUUCUUCUUCUUCUUCUUCUUCUUCUUCUUCUUCUUCUUCUUCUUCUUCUUCUUCUUCUUCUUCUUCUUCUUCUUCUUCUUCUUCUUCUUCUUCUUCUUCUUCUUCUUCUUCUUCUUCUUCUUCUUCUUCUUCUUCUUCUUCUUCUUCUUCUUCUUCUUCUUCUUCUUCUUCUUCUUCUUCUUCUUCUUCUUCUUCUUCUUCUUCUUCUUCUUCUUCUUCUUCUUCUUCUUCUUCUUCUUCUUCUUCUUCUUCUUCUUCUUCUUCUUCUUCUUCUUCUUCUUCUUCUUCUUCUUCUUCUUCUUCUUCCUCCUCCUCCUCCUCCUCCUCCUCCUCCUCCUCCUCCUCCUCCUCCUCCUCCUCCUCCUCCUCCUCCUCCUCCUCUAGUAGUAGUAGUAGUAGUAGUAGUAGUAGUAGUAGUAGUGGUAGUAGUAGUAGUAGUAGUAGUAGUAGUAGUAGUAGUGUGAGGAAGACACGUGCUGACGGAGGGAACACAAAGGAGAAUAAGUCACAAGGAUAUGAAAGAUACAAACACAGAAACAAGCCAAGAGAACAAACAGCACCAGUAAACAUCAACAAUGCACUCGCUUCUGAUGACAACGACAGCACUGAAGAGAGGAACGUAAAGCAGAGAAGUGGACCAGGAAGCGAGUAA